AAGAAUAAUGAGAUAAAUAAAACUAAUAAUGACGACAAUAAAAUAUGGAUGGCGAGACUCUUUGAGAGUUAUGCCUGUUUGCAUGACAUUGGAUUGAUAGUAGUCGACAUCUUUUUUUUUUCAAGCGGAUGUUUGGUGACCUAUUUGUAUUUGCAAGAUAAAACAAACGAAAGGUCAAUUAAGCCGAUUAAUUGCAGAGACAAACUGAUUGAAUUCUUUUUCUACAUAAUAAAAAGAUUUAUUCGAUUGACACCGGCUUACAUGAUGGCAUUAGGAAUAUCACAAUUGAGCUCAGCUUGGCUUGAUAAAACUUCGCAAUUUUACAUGAAUGAAAGG